ACCAUACAUCUCCCACAAUUUCAGGAUCCAUUCAAAUUAAGGAGUUCGUCUAAAUUUAAUUCAUUAAUUUCUUCUCCUUACACCAAGCCUCUAAAACAUUUUAAUUUUCAACAAAAUGCUAUAAAGCUUCUUGACCACCGUGCAAGUGUUUUUUCCCACGGCAUUCAAGAGGAGAGGGUCAACCUUACCGUCCUGGCCUUCUCCGUUGAGGCUUAAGAAAACCAAUUGUUAGGAAGCUUUAAAGAUGGAGGAGAAUAAAAAGGGCAGGAACAUAGCUGUCCUUGCGGUGAGUUCUUUGGUGUUGGUAGCUAUGGUGGUAGCUAUUACCAUUGGAAGCCAGGAAUCAGAAGCCGAAAAUGAGGGUCAAGAUAGUAUUGUUGCCUCCCGGAAAGCCAUUGAAGCCGUGUGCCAUCCUACCACCUAUAAAGAAACAUGUGUCAAAAGUUUAUCCUCUUCAAAUGCAACGCAUUCAACGGACCCUAGAGAUCUUAUUCAAGUAGCAUUCAAUGUCACGAUCAAUGACAUUCGUGCUUCCAUAAAAAACUCAAGCCUAUUCCUAAAUCUAAAGGAUGACCCGAGAUCAAAGUUGGCAUUAGAGAAUUGUGAGGAUUUGGCUAAUCAGGCGAUAGAGGAUCUUCGAAGGACUCUCUCAAAGUUUAAAGACUUCGACUUGAUGGAUUUAGACAAUUGGCUAGAUGACCUCAAGACUUGGCUAAGUGGUUCCCUCACGUACCAAGAAACGUGCUUGAGCGGCUUCCAAGAAAUCCCGGGGAAUGAAGAGAAACGUAUGAGGGAACUUCUAACCAAAUCCAUGGAAAUGACCAGCAAUGCACUCGCUAUGGUCACCGAAAUCUCUUCCCUUUUCACUGAUGCCGAAGCCGGACCUACCAAUAGCGAGGCGAGUAAACGCCGUCUUCUCUCAUAUAAUAGAGAAAACCUCCCAGGUUGGAUCAACUCAGGAAGGCGUAGGCUUCUCACUGCCAGUCUCGAUGAGGUGAAACCGAAUCUCAUCGUCGCCAAGGAUGGAUCCGGUAAUUACACGAGCAUCAAUGAUGCCUUGAAAAAUGUUCCUACCAAAAGUGACCAAACAUUUGUUCUAUACAUCAAGGAGGGUGUUUAUGAAGAGCAGGUUACCAUUUAUCGCAACAUCACUCACCUCACUAUGAUAGGCGACGGUUCAAACAAGACAAAAAUUACAGGAUGGUUAAAUUUCAUCGAUGGAAUUUCCACCUAUCACACUGCAACUGUUGCUGUUCUUGGAGAUUAUUUUAUGGCUAGGGACAUCGGAUUUGAGAACUCCGCUGGGCCGGAAAAGCACCAGGCCGUGGCUCUGAGGGUGGGAGCAGAUAAAUCCAUCUUCUACAACUGCAAGAUGGACGGCUACCAAGACACCCUCUAUGCCCACACCUACCGCCAGUUCUACCGGAACUGCGAAAUCUCCGGCACAAUUGAUUUCAUCUUCGGUGACAGCGCCGCCGUGCUUCAGAACUGCACCAUUGUGGUCCGGAAGCCAUUGGACAAUCAGCAGAACAUUGUAACGGCCCAGGGCCGAAAAGACCCGCACCAGCCCACGGGGCUGGUUCUGCAGAACUGCACCAUUGUGGCCGACCCGGCUUAUUUCCCCGUCCGGUUCACCCUGAAAUCGUACCUCGGCCGGCCAUGGAAGGAGUACUCCAGAACCGUCAUAAUGGAAUCGUACAUCCCCGAUUUCAUCCAGCCGGAGGGAUGGUUGCCGUGGGCGGAGGAUUUCGGGCUUGAAACCCUAUUCUACACAGAGUUCAAUAACAGGGGACCCGGAGCUUCAAAAGAGAACCGGGUCGAUUGGGCCGGAAUCAAGGAGCUUCCCAAGAGCCAAAUCAAACGGUUCACAGCCGGGAAAUUCAUCACCGGGAAUAGCUGGAUUCGCGAAUCCGGCGUUCCUUAUAAUCACGGCCUGAUUUACACGGCGCCGAAGAAAGACAAAUCGGUGAAAUACUCGCACGUAGACGAUGACGAUUUCAAGGAUAUGGGAUCUCACGAUAAGGAUGAUUAUGUAGCUCGCCGCCCCACUCAAUCUUCUAUCAGUCUUCCUCCGUCCUCGGCACCAACUCCGGCGCCUACUCCGGCCCCUGAAGCUGCUGCAAAUCUCGAUUACGAAACUAUUGUAGAAGCGCCAAUUCCGAUGAAUGCUUGGAUUUAAGGGCUAACCUCCCGCGUCCCACCGGCUAAUGAAGAAUUCGAGCUGAACAGAUUCUUUUAAA